AAUGUCAUUGACCCAUUUUAUCACACGUAGAGUAUCUAAUUGGAUUAUAUUUAAUAAAAUUAUAAAUUGUUAAGUUAACAUUCCGUAAAUAACUCAUAAAUUAGUCUCUACGAUGUGGCUGGACGAAGUGGAUGGUUUUGCAGAGAUAUUUAAGGGGUAUUUACCCUACUAUUUGCUUGUUGCUCUGCCUAUAUUUAUUAUCAUGUCUCCAGUAAAUCCAGUGGCAGCAUCACACGAAUUUUCUGUAUAUAGAAUGCAACAAUACGACCUCCACUCCGUACCCCAUGGAUGUCGGAGUUCUAGCUUCAACCUGGAAGGCCGUUCGCUGACAUCAUGGAGCACGGCCCGGCACUGUGUUGUGGCCCGCUUACAGGAUAUCACAAUUGAACAGUUUAUGGAGAUUAGGAGUAAAUCUCCUGCGCUUUUGCUUGUGCUGCCUAAAAAUAAUACUGAAUUGACAGUUGAACAAAAAGAGCACAUCCAGCUCCUGGAAAUGGCGAUGAUCCAACAAGAAAUGUUAGCUCCCGUUUACUUUGCUAAAUGGUCUCCUGAGUUUGAGGAUAUCCUGGAUGACCUUCAGCACAGCUUCAUAACUGAUGACAAAUCUGGUACAUUUGACAGACUCGUUUCCAUUCCAGUGGUAACAGCACCGGCUCCACAGAAACUGGACUCAAAGCCGGUGACGCUGCAUGGCAAGCUGGUGGGCAGGUCAGAAGCACGGACUAUAGUUAUUGCAGCACAUUAUGACGCAGCCGGACUUGUGCCUGAGUUAGCACAAGGUGCGGAUUCAAAUGCGUCAGGUGCAGUAGCAGUUCUAGAAUUGGCUAGAAUCUUCUCGCGUUUGUACUCGAGUGUAGCUGUUCGUGGUGCACCCUCGUUGCUGUUCGUGUUGACCUCUGUUGGACAUUCGCUCAACUAUUUUGCUACAAAGAAGUGGCUGGAGGAACAAUUGGAUGUUACUGAUGCUUCGUUACUGCAGGAUGUAUCCUUCGUGCUGUGCCUGGAUUCAAUAUCAUCAGAGAAUCUGAACCUGCAUGUAUCUAAGCCUCCGAAAGCUGGCGGCGCGGCGCACUCGCUACGUGCACGACUCAACGUGCCCGUCGUGCAUAAGAAGAUCAACCUGGCAGACGAACUCCUGGCCUGGCAUCAUGAGAGGUUCAGCAUAAGACGGAUGACUGCGUUUACACUUAGUUCAUUACAGAGUCACAAAGAGCCAGCUCGCAACACGAUCCUGGAUACUCCAUCAGAGGAAUCAUUGAAGCACCUCGUGAACAACAUCAAGGUGACCGCACGCGCGCUCGCCUCACAUAUAUACAACCUCACGGAUGAGGUCAACGAUGAGGAUGCAGCCUUGUACGAUGACGCUCUCGAUGUAGACGAAGCUGCGGUCAGACACUGGUAUGAAUAUCUGUCGUCGCAGCCUCGCGCGCCGCAUCUCAUCACAACGACCCCACAAAAUUCAGGUGUGACAGGAGCGCUGGAGAAGGCUCUGUCCCGCUACGUGGACGUGACGAUGAGCACGCACACAGUGGACAAGCGGGAGCCGGAGUACGUGCUGUACUCGCCGCUCAGAAAUCUACUAUAUGUGUACAGCGUGAAACCAGCAGUGUUCGAUCUCAUCUUAACUCUAGCGAUAGUUGCAUAUUUAAGUUUAGUAUAUUUCGCUAUACAAAUGUUCCCAAAGUUUUACGAAGAAUAUGCUAAAUUUGUAACGGGCAAGGCUAAAGUUUAUUAGUUUUAUAAAUACUGUGUGCGAUUUUGAACUCUAUUUGAUUGGGAUAAGGUUGUUUUAUCAUUCGCAAAUAUUAAAAGACAAUGAUUAGAAAUUAAGCAUUUUUUUGUGAUUAUCGUAUUAUUAACAAGGUUAUUUGUUGACAGUAGGCUUCCAUUGAUUGAAUUGUCUUUUUCAUAUUUAUCUCUUACUUAAUUCCUUUCUUUACCUUUUUUUACUUGGAUUAAGGCAAUGUGUUCAAUUCAGCUUCAAUAUCGCACACAGAGAAAUAUAUUAUAAGAGUUGAACAAUGUUUAUUUAAUUUUAGUGAAUUUGUAAUUAUACAGUUGAUCCAAUUAAAAAAACUAACUUUUUCACCCCAAGUAAAGAGAAGGCUAAACUAUCCAAUACUGUAUUUUGUAGUACACUUUAUUAAAAAUCUAAUACUCUUUAGAUUUGGGCUUUGACAUAGUAUUUUCAGUUUCUAAAUCUGUUAUUAUAGAUAUUUUAUGAAAGAUGAUAGAAAAUAGUUGUGGUCCAAAGUUGGUACCUUGAGGGACUCUAGAUAAUUUGUCUUCAAAUUUGUUACUCGUGUUUAUUAUUUUGUUUAAAAUUUAUUGCAUGCACUUUAAAUUUCUAAAUAAAGUACAAACUACGUACUUUUAUUUGUUUUUAUAUCUAUUUAUUUAUGAAAAAUCAUGAUUGACCAUAUCAAAAGCUUACGUCAAAUCCAACGGUAGUAAAACCUAUAUAAAAUAAAUUUCAAUAGGUUAGAGUCAUUAUUCUGACAGACGACAUCAUAAGCAAGAAACUUUGGUUAAAGAUAAACCUCUAUAAGUUAGAAAAAUAUCCUUUGGAGUCUCACUUAUCCUCAUUUGAUUAUAAUUUAUUGCAUCAACUGUACAUUUACAUACAUUUGUUACAGCAUCAAAGAAAUACAAACUCAAAUCCGAGUCAUAGAUACGAGUUUUUUUUAAUUCGUAAAUAAUUAAGGCAAAUAAAUGGUUAUUAAUUAAGGUAAAAAAAAGCAAUAUGAUUUGAAUGCAUCGGAUGAAUUUUGGUAAAAUCUUUCUGUAAAUAAAACUUGUAUAUUUUUUUGUUAUUUCGCCGUCCUCUCUCCAAGUUCCUUUGACAGUAAAGUAUAUAACUUCCACAUCAAUAUAACAGUAAAUAUGUGAGAUGCUCACUUAAGUUUUAAGUUGUGUGGAUAUAACUUAAGUUUAAGUUAUUACGAACAAUAUGUUCCGCUUAUUUAUCAACUAGCUAGUAUUCAACAAAAUCUUUGUGAAUUAUUAAUUUUGCUUUUCAAUAUUUCAUGCAAUGUCACUUUAUUUCUUUUUAAAUAUGUCUUAUUAUAAUUACAUUAUUUAAUUUACCAAAAUAAAUUAAUAUAUUUCUGUUUUACUUAAUUUAGUAUACACGAAGCAUAAUAAUUCACUCUUUAGUUUUUUAUUUUUUGUAUGAAUACAUUUUUUCUUGUAAUUUGAAUAUUCCAAUGAACUUCACAGAUGUAGAUUUUUUUUGUAUUAAAAAUUCUUAGUCGAUUGAAGAAUGCACUUAUUUUAAGUCAUUUCAUAUGAGCUAUAAAAAUAUAGGGUAGGAAUGUUCUUUUUUUAAGUCGCUUUUAGACAGUGUUGCCAGAAAUGUGUAGCUUUAACCGUCAGAUUGUAAACGUCAGAUUAUAAAGAUAUUGAUUUGUCAAAUUUUAUUUUAUCUGUACGGAUUACAAAUUGUCUAUUGUAAUGGUUAUGGAAUUUAACAAUUUGACGGUGACAUAGCUACAAAGUUACCAUAUGCCACAGUGUUAUGUGUUUGGCAAUUUUUUUUAUAUAAUUGUAUUAUUUCUUUGUCCUUUAAUUAUUAUUUGAGUUUGCAUUGUCUCAAAUACUGAUACAAAAUCAUAUUUAAUAAAUAAAUUAGUUAACGGUCUUACGGUGAGGAAAAACAUCGUGAUGCUGCACAUAUCUGAAGAAAUUCAAAGAUAUGUGUGAAUUCAACCCGCAUUAGCCCAGCAUUGACUAUGGUCUAGUCACUGACAUAGGGCAGCCCUGAGCCCCUCAGUGUGGAUGUAUAGUGAGCUGAUGAUGAAAGAAAUUGGUAAACAAAAUAUUUUGUAGAUGUAUUGUUCAAUGUAAACUCUUACAAGUACAUUUUGCGCUGAUUGUUGAAUGUAUAAAAUAUGUACAUUGCAUGGAAUUGAAAUAAACCUUUUUUUUCUGACUUUA